ACACCUGUGCGGCUUCGUAGCCCGUCUGGAGACGGAACAGCAGCACAAUUCAGAUUCAGAGACAAAAUGGAGAAUAUGCAUUUGUUUUGCAAAUUGUAACUCAAUAGCUUUUGCUGAUCUUGGGAUAUGAUGCUCAUAGUAAUGCUUUUUUCUGCUUUGGCUCAAAUGUAACCUGCAGCUGCUGGAUAUUGUGUCUUGGUUUGUAGAUUCAGCUUAAUAAGCAAGAAACUGUUGUUGUUUCUGGCUGCACAACAAAACUAAAAGGCCGCUGGAUUCAGAGUCUGACCUUGGACAGAUAAUGGAGGGAUUUGGGUAUGAGCACUUUGGAGACGGAUCGAGACAGAGUCAGCAGCUGGACUAUCGAAAACUUGUAGGGGACACUCAGCCCCUGAGUUCAUCCCGAGAAGGAGAGCACUACAUCCGGCAAAUCUCACACGGCCACGGACAUGAAACCGCAGCCCAACGGUACAGCGCCACACUCAUCCAGGCCGGUCUAGGGCGAGAGAGCAUGGCGGAUUACCUAAUCAGUGGUGGUACCGGCUACGUCCCUGAAGAUGGACUCUCAGCUCAGCAGCUUUUCUCUAUCGGAGAUGGCCUGACAUACAACAGAUCUGACCAACAGUGUGUUGUCUCCGAUGGUCAUACGGCUGAAGAGCUAUGCUCUAAAGGAGAUGGGUUGACUUACAAUGAUUUCCUGAUCUUACCCGGCUUCAUCGACUUUACCUCAGACGAAGUGGACCUGACAUCAGCACUCACCAGGAAGAUCACACUGAAAACCCCUCUCAUCUCCUCCCCCAUGGACACUGUUACAGAGUCAGCAAUGGCAAUCGCCAUGGCGCUGAUGGGCGGCAUCGGCAUUAUUCACCACAACUGCACACCAGAAUUUCAAGCCAACGAAGUCCGCAAGGUUAAGAGGUUUGAGCAGGGAUUUAUCACAGACCCAGUUGUUAUGAGUCCACGCCACACAGUUGGGGAUGUGUUUGAGGCCAAAGUAAGACAUGGUUUCUCUGGUAUUCCUGUCACAGAGACAGGAAAAAUGGGCAGCAAACUGGUGGGCAUUGUCACCUCCAGAGAUAUAGACUUCCUUUCUGAGAAAGAUCACGGCAAACCUCUGGAAGAGGCCAUGACUAAGAGAGAGGAGCUGGUAGUUGCUCCAGCUGGUGUUACACUCAAAGAAGCCAAUGAUAUUCUGCAGCGCAGUAAAAAAGGCAAGCUUCCCAUUGUAAAUGAUAAUGAUGAGCUGGUGGCCAUUAUUGCCAGGACGGAUUUAAAGAAGAACAGAGACUACCCUCUAGCCUCCAAAGACUCACGCAAACAGCUGCUGUGUGGCGCCGCCAUCGGGACCAGGGACGACGAUAAAUACAGACUGGAUUUGCUAGUGCAAGCUGGAGUGGACGUGGUCGUACUGGACUCUUCACAAGGCAACUCGGUGUAUCAGAUCAACAUGAUAAAUUAUAUUAAACAGAAGUAUCAAGAAUUGCAAGUGGUGGGAGGAAAUGUGGUUACAGCAGCCCAGGCCAAGAAUCUGAUCGAUGCCGGCGUGGACGCUCUGAGAGUUGGCAUGGGCUGCGGCUCCAUCUGCAUCACACAGGAAGUGAUGGCAUGUGGGCGGCCCCAGGGGACCUCCGUGUACAAGGUAGCGGAGUACGCCAGGCGCUUCGGUGUACCAGUCAUCGCUGACGGUGGCAUUCAGACCGUGGGCCAUGUGGUGAAAGCUCUGUCUCUUGGAGCAUCGACUGUUAUGAUGGGCUCGUUGCUAGCAGCAACCACUGAGGCUCCUGGAGAGUACUUCUUCUCAGACGGUGUGCGGCUGAAAAAGUAUCGUGGCAUGGGCUCCCUGGACGCUAUGGAGAAAAGCACCAGCAGCCAGAAACGCUAUUUUAGUGAGGGCGACAAGGUCAAAGUAGCCCAGGGUGUGUCAGGCUCAGUCCAGGACAAAGGCUCCAUCCAUAAGUUUGUACCGUACCUGAUAGCAGGUAUCCAACAUGGCUGCCAAGACAUCGGGGCAAAGAGUCUGUCUGUCCUCCGUUCUAUGAUGUACUCUGGAGAGCUGAAGUUUGAGAAGCGGACCAUGUCUGCACAAGUGGAGGGAGGCGUUCAUGGACUGCACUCUUUCGAGAAGCGGCUCUACUGAGCACGACAGCGGAGCGCAGAGCAGCGAUGCACGUGACAUACCCAGUCUAACAGUGACCAAAUGUUAAAUUGCCACUUCAAAAAAAUACGCACCACCCACUACAGCCCCUCUCCGCCUUCCCCCCUGCGUCGUACCCACCGUUGGUCUCUCUCUGUCUCUCUCCGAUCCCCAACCGGCCGAUUCGGGGAGCAAAGGGGGGCAUCGUAGCGAAGUGAGAAUCUUCAACGUGACACCUGACUCUCUGAACACCUUGCACUUAAGAAGUGGCGCAUCAGGGUUUUUUGGAACGACAUACACACCUGUAUCUUGAGCAUACAGCCCAACCCCACCCAAUAACGUGUGUUGAUAGUAGCGUGAGUACGAACUGUGUGAGUUAAGGGUAGCGUGUGUCUGAGUGUGUGUGGUGUAGGCAGACAAAGUGAAGGCGUUUACUUGUCCAGUUAAUAUUAGUGAGGUUGAAGACAGCCAUGGUGCAGAUCACAUCGGCAUCCUUUGCUGGCUUUGUUUCGGGAUUCACGCUUACCAGCAAGCUCCCUGUAGAAGCCUCACGCAUCCCAGUUCUUAAACACACUAGUGCAGAAAAUCAAGACCAACACUUGUCUCUCUGUGUGCAGUGUGCCAGUCUAUCGCAGCAUUUUAAGUCUUCACAGAUAUACGCUACUUGGAGAGUAGCCGCUUAUACUUCAGCGCAUAUUGUUUACUCUGUGUAUUGUGGAUUCUGAGGUACGAGAUAUUGGUCAUGGUUGUUAUCCUGUCGACUGUGUGUCUUUCAGUGUCGCCUGAAAUCAGUACAGACCCACAGUUUGGUUUUUGGCUUUUUUUUUUUGUUUACCUCUGUGAACAUUCAUUUACCCCUCGAAGACAUGCUGAGCCAAAUAACCAGUGUCCCAUCUCAGUGCAGAGAAUUCAUAAGUUAAGCAUGUAAGGGACCAAAAGCUGAACGUCAGGUAUGUUUAAAAAUGAAAUUCAACUCAAAUCUAUCAAUCAGAAAUGGUUACGAAGGAGGAGAAUGACAAUUUCUUUGCCCAUAAUUUGAAUACUUUUAGAUAAAAACAACUUUAUAUUAAACCUGUAUAGUCUCUGGGGGGGCUUUGAAUUGAGCAUGAAGGGUUUUUGAUAUGCAUGUUUGUUUUUUCACUAAGCCAAACACGGCUGUAUUUAUAUUCGGCUUUAAUUGCAUACAUACUGCCAAGUGUAUUUACACUUCCUUUGACACGCUUCUUUUGUAACUUCAAAACCAAAAUUGGUGCAACAAGUUGCUCGUUACCUUGUCACUUGUUCCUUCCUGCGCUUUCAUGGUGUGGCAUAGGUUUCUCUAUCAUUUUCUUUCUUAUAUAUUUGUUCCUUUUCACCAGAGAUAUGCCUUGAAACAGGGAUGGAAACGGGGCUGCACACGACAGCUCCGCGAAAAUGAAUUCAAAUGCAUAAUGUUACACACCUUCUCGCCUCCUUUUUCUUACUUUAAAACACUUUCGCACUGUUCAGCUUAUGUAGGAGUAGGCUUUUCUAACAUUUUCAUACUGGAUGUUUUGUUUUUUUUUGCCAGAUGUUUUUGUUUUGUUUAUUUUGUUUUUGUUUUUUUUGUAAUAAAAUGUCCCAGAUUGUAUGAGUUGCUUUCUCUAACCUGCUAAUGUACUAUACCCUGCACAGGGUUCACUUGACUAACAGAGGUCUUGCAACUGGACUGAAUUGCAAGAAAAUGUACAUGAGAUAUAUGAAGAUAUAAACCUAUAUUAGAUGGAAAUGACUGCUGCUUGUUUUCAGUUUCCCACCUAAAGAGGUAAUUCAGGUUUUUAAAAUGUCUUACUUGUCAUAUACUGAGUCCUGUUAGUCCAUCUAAAAAGCACAACUAUAGUCAUAUGUGAGAUAUCUGAUUUUUUUUUUUUCCUCCAGUGUUGCUCUUUUGUAUGAUUUCAGCUUCACAACAGUUGCCAUAACACUGGUAGCUUCUCUGCAACCAACAACCAAAACAGCACGAAAGCCCUUUUUAGAUGGACGUUAAAGACUCAGUAUUCAGUCAAUUCAUAAGGGGAUUUUGAGGAAUAUCACUUAAGAACUUGUUUGCAGUAAAACACUCAACAGAGGAAAGUUGCUUUUGCUGUUCAAUAUGGUAAAGAAGAAUAAAUAAAACAAAACUGUG